AUGGUACAAAUUAAUGCUGAGAGGAUAGAUCACUCUAUGAACGCAUUGCAACAAGUGAACGAGGAUCUGGAGUUGCAGAUUAGAGAUGGCAGGAACUGCCACUCUCAGCUGAAGCAAGUUUACAGGUUGGAUUGUUGCAGUUGCACGUAUGGAUGGCUCACGCCCAGCUUAGUGAAGAACAGCUUUGCAUAUAAGCCCUCUAUGCAAGGGGCUCCAGUUGCAAAAAGUGGUUUACUUCCCAGAAAAUUGUAUGGAUUGUGGAUUCACCAAAAUGUUUUGUCAAUUUUUCUUUUGCCUCAGACUGAAAAGGACAUUCUGCUUCGUGAUGACCUGGAGGAAAUUCAAGCUCAGUAUUCUGACCGCUUUAGGUUGUGGUAUACGGUAGAUAAGGCUCCAGAAGGCUGGGAUUACAGUGAAGGCUUUUUGAAUGCCGAAAUGAUGAAGGAACACCUGCCUCCACCUGGUGAUGAUGUCUUGAUCCUCAUGUGUGGUCCACCACCCAUGAUUCAAUUUGCAUGCAACCCCAACUUGGACAAGCUCGGAUAUUCGCAAGGAAUGCGUUUUGUUUAUUAAGUGUUGAGGUUCCUAUAUUUAGCUUUGGGGAUAUGAUUUGCAAACUAAGUGGAAAUAUUUGCACUCAAAACAAUGGUGUUUGCCUUAUUACUGGUAUUAAGAGACAUAAACUGGUUUGUAUGCAUGUUGCAUUUAAUACUGUCAUUCUCUAUAUCAAGUAUGUGUUUGAAUCUGUACAAACAACAUGUACAAUGUAUACAGUGCUGUACAGUCAUUUAAUCUGUCUAGAAAGUUUAAAAUUCAGAGCUUCAUGUUCAGUGCACCUGGAACCAAAUAUAUGGAUUCACUUCUUUUACUAAUGGAAACCGUUUAAAGAUGUCAGUUUGCUCCAUGAAAUUUAUAAAAAUAUGUAAAGCAAUCAAGAGAGACUGUGGUCACAUGCAGGUGGAUUUGUUGUACUUUUGAAUUCUACCACCUUUAUAUUUUUAAUUUUUUUUAUUUGCACUUCAUGUAUUGUACUAACACUGAAAAUGCA